GGACAAGGUUGCUAACCUCAGCUGUCCUCUUACACUUAAUCCAGAGAUUGGGAGUACAAGCCCUCUCCCAGGAAGAGGAAGCGUCGGGCCGUGUCUGCGAUGCCCGGUUCUCCAUCUGCAGUUUCGGGCGGCAGGCCAGCAGAGGGCGCCAUGUUUAUCACCACGGCGAUGACCAGCGAGGACGGCUCCAUCUCCUACACCCUGGCUACAGGUCACAGUGAGCAGGCCCUCCCCCAGGUCACAUGGAUAAUCCCCCAGGCAACCAGCUCAGCCCCUCCCAUCACUCUGUCCCCCUGUCAGCCUGGCCACGCCCCCUUCCCCUCAGGGUACCAAUGGGGCGAUGGCAGCCCUGGCGUGCCAGUGCCCUUCUUCCUGCCCACCUAUCAGGAGCCUGUAUUAGCUCCAGUGGAUGGGGCCAUCAUGCCUGGUUCCUAUAGGGAGGAGGUCCAAAUGCAGCCAUUUUACUGUCCCACGACCUCACACACCCGUACCACAGAAGAAGGGCCUGACCACACGCAACACACUCCGACUGCAGGUCACAGUGAGCAGGUCACUUGGACCUGCCAGCCUGGCCCCACCCCCUUCCCCUCAGGCCACCAAUGGGGCGAGGGCAGCCCAGGCAUGCCUGUCUUCCUGUCAGCCUAUCACGAGCCUGUAUUAGCUCCGGUGGGCGGGACCAUAGUGCCCGUGCCAUAUAGGGAGCCGUCCUACUGCCCCCCGACUCUGGAGCUGCCCCCCCCCUGCCUGACGACCUACCCCCCCACCAGAGGCCUCCCAUUGCCCCUGCCCAACCUGCCCCUCCCCCACAUUGCGUACAGUUACCCAGAGUGCCCGGCGGCGGCGGGCGGCGAUGCAGGCUGCAGUGAGAGGCUCCAGGACCCGGACAUGAUGCAGGCGCUCCGCAGGGCGCUGGCGGGGGCGGGGGAGCUGGGGGGCGAGUUCAGCGCACCCCCCCCGGAGAGCGCCUGUCUGCUCCAGCUGCUCGGACUGAUGGACGACGGGGGGGAGGCGCCCUGUAGCGUGUAG